GCCGCCUUCCUCUCGCGCAGGCGCAGUGCUCCUGCUUCCGGGUCGACGGCGGGCGGGCGGAGCCUGUAUUCACAUCGAUCUGAGCGCUGGCGAUUGCUUCUGUCUGUUGUUUAGCUAUGGAAGCUGCCGGGACGCAGCGAGGCCGCCAGAACCCGGGUCGGGGUCUAGUUUGGUGCUGACCGCCACCCGGGGUCGAGCAGACGAUGGGGGAGCCUGGCUUCUUGGUCACGGGAGACCGCGCCGGUGGUCGGAGCUGGUGCCUGCGGCGGGUAGGGAUGAGCGCCGGGUGGCUGCUGCUGGAAGAUGGGCGUGAGGUGACUGUAGGACGAGGAUUUGGUGUCACAUACCAACUGGUAUCAAAAAUCUGCCCUCUGAUGAUUUCUCGAAACCACUGUGUUUUAAAGCAGAAUCCCGAGGGCCAGUGGACAAUUACGGACAACAAGAGUCUGAAUGGUGUUUGGCUGAACAGACAGCGUCUGGAACCUUUAAGAGUCUAUUCCAUUCAUAAGGGAGACUACAUCCAACUUGGAGUGCCUCUGGAGAAUAAGGAGAAUGCAGAGUAUGAAUAUGAAGUUACUGAAGAAGACUGGGCGACGAUAUAUCCUUGUCUUUCCCCAAAGAAUGACCAGAUGAUAGAAAAAAAUAAGGGAUUGAGAACUAAAAGGAAAUUUAGUUUGGAUGAAUUAGAGGGUCCUGGAGCUGAAGGCCCCUCAAAUUUGAAAUCCAAAAUAAACAAAGUGUCUUAUGAAUCUGGUCAGUCAGUGAAAUCACAGGGGAAAGGUGAAGUGGCCAGUAUACCCUCUGAAAAUUUAAAUCCUAAGUUGGCUGCCCUUGAGCCAAAUAAGACCACAGGGCCUCCCAUUUACCCUGGCUUCCCCAAAGUCACAGAGGCUCAGCAGAAAGCCUCAAACUCUUCAGCAUCUCAGAGCAGCUUACAGCUGUUUAAGGUGACCAUGUCCAGGAUUCUGAAGCUGAAAAUACAGAUGCAGGAAAAACAAGAAGCUGUUAGGAAUGUGAAAAAGCAGACCCAAAAGGGGAACUCAAAGAAAAUUGUGAAAAUGGAGCAGGAACUGCAGGACUUGCAGUCCCAGCUGUGUGCAGAGCAGGCUCAGCAGCAGGCAAGAGUGGAGCAACUAGAGAAGACUUUCCAGGAAGAGGAACAGCAUCUUCAGGAUUUGGAGAUAGUGCAAGGAGAAGAGGACCUGAAGGAACAGCUGGCCCAGGCUCUGCAGGAGCAUCGGGCUCUAAUGGAAGAGCUAAAUCGCAGCAAGAAGGAUUUUGAAGCAAUCAUUCAAGCCAAGAACAAAGAAUUGGAGCAGACCAAGGAAGAGAAGGAGAAGAUGCAAGCACAGAAGGAGGAAGUUCUCAGCCACAUGAAUGAUGUGCUAGAGAAUGAGCUCCAAUGUAUUAUUUGUUCAGAAUACUUCAUUGAGGCUGUCACCUUGAACUGUGCCCACAGUUUCUGUUCCUACUGUAUCAGUGAAUGGAUGAAGCGGAAGAUAGAAUGCCCCAUUUGUCGGAAGAACAUUGAGUCUAAAACAUACUCUUUGGUUCUGGACAAUUGCAUUAAUAAGAUGGUAGAUAAUCUGAGCUCAGAAGUGAAAGAACGACGGAUUGUUCUCAUUAGGGAACGAAAAGCAAAGAGAUUGUCCUGAAGACCAUGCUCUCAGAGCAUUCGAAAGACUGCCAGGCACUGGGAGCCUGAGAUGGUCUGGAAGACUCUCUCUGGCCGUGACUCUGCUACUCUGAAGGUCAACUGAGAAGUCUUGUGGGACAGAGACUGAGUUAGCAAGCCCUCAGUCACUUGCCUUCCACGGUGGCCAGCCCUGCUGCCAUCAUUGGCCGAAGCACCCCCAGGAUUCACGGCACCCAGCUGCUUCAGGGUACUUCAGAGACUCUGCCUCACUACAUGUUGAAUGAGUUAUUUGAGUUCUGUUUUGUUUUUUUAAUUUGUUUUUGUUACGUUUUGAUACCUCAGAAGCACCUCUGUUGACAAUUGUUUUGGACAGGUUGGGUGUACCCCAUGGCUGCCCAUGAAGGCAGCAUCUGUUUUGAGAGGAUGGCUUACCUUUUCUUUGUGAAAAUCCUAUCUCAUUUCCUGGAAAUAAAAUGUAAAACCUGUCAGUUGCUCA